GUUGAACUCGCUCGAGAAGCUGUGUCUCCCAGUUCAACAUGGAGCGUGAUCAGCAAUCAGCACCUGCGCCCCGCCCACGCCUCCACCCAAGCCAAGUCGACUGUUGGUGGUGGAAAAAGGGCCAUUGUUUCCGUGGCGACCAAUGUUAUUUCCGGCAUGACGAUGCUCUGGCCGGGGUGGACCAGCUCCUCCGAGGCCCCGCAGCAGCCGCGUCAAAUAUCCGCACUGAAGCAGCCGUAGCCGAGACCUCUGAGGAACAAUGCGGAAUUUGUAUGGAGAAUCCUACUAUCUUUGGCUUGCUCGUCAAUUGCGAUCACGUCUUCUGCCUCGACUGUAUACGAAGCUGGCGCUCCUCAUCUGUAGGGACUUCUGCCGAAGAUGUGAUCAGUAUGCCCAAUUCUCAUGUCCCAAGAGAGAUAACAAAGACAUGCCCGCUCUGUCGGACUAAAAGUGAAUAUGUCGUGCCGAGUUCCGUAUUUCCCACCCCGCCACAGGCUGCCACCGAUACUGCUGGUACUACCAGCGGUGGGACUGGAACCGAUGACUCUGCCCGAAAAAUGGAACCUGGUGGCGUGAAUGGAGCAGGCAACCCGGCCAAGGCUAAAAUCAUUGACAAGUACCUCGCGCGCUUGAAGGCAACCCCUUGCCGCUACUUUGAAGACAGCAUCAAACGAUGGCGAGAGUUGCCUGUGAUCGAGAACCCUGACCCGGCAGUCGGCGGUCUCCUUCAUCCCGCAUUCUCGGGGGAGUGCCUCUUCGGAAACGAAUGUCAUUUCGCUCACAUCCACCCCAUUACGAACGCUCCUUAUACCUUCACUAAGAAGGAAAUAGCCUCAAUGAAGCGUGCAAACCAUGCGAGGAGAGCACGAGCUAUGCGCAGGGCAAUUCGUGGGCAAACGCGACGCAUGGAGUUGGAAGGAAUGCUUGAGACUCUUAGCGUCGAAGAUGGAUAUGAAAGCAGUGCCACAUCUCUCACUUUGGAAAGGAGUGGCCUUGGGGGUAUGCUAAGCGUCGGGUUUGUUUUAUACGGUACAACUGAAGGUAUCCCGUGGCUGCCUGCGGAUCAUGACGGUGACGAUGACGAUGAUGACGGGAUUUUCGAUUUAUUAUAACCUCCAGUUAACUAGCCUUUGGGUGUGAUGUGUAAGCAGGCCGUAGCAUCUUUUUUGUCCUUUGCUUUUUUUUUCGUUGUCUACCCGGUACAAGAUAUUUAUUGAGGGCUGCUUUCACAUUUUGCAUUCCCGUUUCACAUGGCGUUGAUUCCACCACUUGUGGCAGUGCUUUUGUGGCGUCCGUGAUCAGGCACAGGUUUUUCUCUUUUAUACCCUUUUAAUCUAUAUUUUCUCACAAACGAUGGCUGGAUCUCCUCCUUAGAGAUCAGUAAAGAUCCAAAGCAAUGAUGCACCCAAGAAAAGAAUGGGCUCGCAGGUACAGUGACCAUC